AUGUCUGGAGAAGGCAACAAUCUUUUGGUGAAAUUGCGACAGUUUAUCAAUAGUUAUAAUGAUUGUGCGUGUGAAGCUGAUGGAAAAACUUUCAAACAGGGGCUUGUGUAUUACGGAGCUAAAGCUUUUAUGGAACAAUUGGCAAUGCGUUUUCACCGCGUAUAUUUGUCGGAGGACAUUGGCGUUGACUUUAACAAUGCAAGCUGGAAAG